AUGCAUACAAUAAUUUGCUUCUCCAAUUAGCUAGAGAAAAGGAAGAAACUAUGUCUUCCUCCUUACUCAACACCCCCAAAAUUCUUCUUUCUUUAACCAUGAUCAUCACUCUCUUACUCGCGACUCACUCCACCACCGCCAUAUUUUCCGACAUUGAAGAAGAUGUGGACCAAGAUGAGUACCAUCUCGACACCCCUUUUGCCCACAUGAUGAGAAGUAGAUUCUUGAGUACUUCAACUACUAGCAUCAAGAAAGGCGUGAAUUGCAAUCUUUACUCGUCGAAUCGUCGUGUGCGUGUAUGCAAUGGGGUGUCUGUCAACAAGGGAACCGGGCUUCUCUAUUGUUGUAAGAAGCAUUGUCGAAAUGUUUUGAGCGAUAGAAACAAUUGUGGGAAAUGUGGGAAGAAGUGCAAGCAAUGUGAACGAUGUUGUAAGGGGAAAUGCACGAAUGUCGGGAAUAAUAAAUCAAAUUGUGGAAAGUGUGGACAUAAAUGCAAAAGAGGACUUCCUUGUGCUUAUGGAAUUUGUGGGUAUGCUUGAUGAUCUUUUGUUGCAUAAGAAGUUAAAAACAUAUGAGAGAUUGGAUAUAUAUAAUUCUUUGCGGUUAAAUGAGAUGGGUUAUAGUGUUCAUUUAAGUGUGUUGAGUGUUUUGUUAAUUCAUCCUGUUUUUGGAUUC